GACCACCACAUAAGUAACCACCGGCGCCACCAGGUUUUAAGAGCCCCAGGCUUUUUCUUUGCUUUUAACUGUCAAAAAGCUAAAAGCCGCAACAGAACAUCCCUCGUGAUUCCCAACCCCUUUCUUCUCUAAAAAAAAUUCUCUCAUGAAACUAGACCAUAAUACCACCGCCACUUCCGAAGGUGAGAUGUGCAAGACCAUCGAAGUGGCGCUUGUCGACCAUCGCGAUCUCUCUCCGCCGUCUCCUACCGUUUUGCCAUCUCCCAUCGUCGGAGAUGACCUCACUUUUACUCCACCUUUAAAUUUCGCCAUGGUUGAUAAUGGCAUCUUCAGGUCCGGCUUUCCAGACUCUGCUAACUUCUCCUUCCUUCAGACCCUUGGACUUCGCUCCAUCAUAUGUCUGUGCCCUGAGCCAUAUCCGGAGGCAAACACUGAUUUCCUUAUGGCCAAUGGAAUUAGGCUUUUUCAGUUAGGGAUCGAAGGUUAUAAGGAGCCUUUUGUAAACAUCCCCGAGGAUACCAUUCGUGAAGCACUAAAAGUUGUCCUUGAUGUGAGGAAUCACCCAGUUUUGAUACAUUGCAAACGAGGGAAGCAUCGAACUGGGGUUGUUGUGGGUUGCUUGAGAAAAUCGCAAAAGUGGUGCUUAUCAUCCAUCUUCAACGAGUACCAGAGGUUUGCAGCUGCUAAGGCUAGGGUUUCAGAUCAAAGGUUCAUAGAGUUAUUUGAAGUUUCUACCUUAAAGCAUAUCCCAAUGUCAUUUUCAUGCUGGUAGAGAUAAACACAGACUAAAUGGCUUUUGGUUUUCUUUGUUAGUGAAAGGGAAUCUUAAGGUACUGCUUCAGAAUAAAUAGGAAAAGGUGGAUGAGUUCCUGGAUUGCAUUACUGCGGCAAAAAGGAAUACUUCUUUUUCUAAAAAAAUUGGCAUGUCCUACGCAUGCAACUAGUGUUGUAGAUCAUUCCUGAUUUCUUCGUCAAAAUUAUAAUUAAUUGUUUCAAGAUGACUUGCUUCUCUUUUAUUCCAUAGCUGCUCUGGCCAGCUAUUACAAGGACUUUUUUGUGCAUUAUGACAAGUAAUCAAAGAAAUCUUGAAGCAAUUAGGUUGCAUGAAAAACUAGGUGGAUGCUGGUAGAUGAUUAACUUAUGGGAACUUUCUGAAAGGCACGUGUUCCAGGCAUUCUUUGGGAAGCUACAGUGUUCAGUGCUGUCAAGUUGUUGAUAAAUCGCCAUUAGAGGUUGCCUUAAUUGCACGCUUGGCUGGGAAAUCAAACAAUGAUGCUCUUGAAAUUCAACUUGGCAGAAACUGGAUUGUGGGUUCUUUGUAACCAAGCUUGAGGCUAAGGUUUCAUCAGUACUUCUUCUUUGACAUCAUCGGAGGUUUAUCGAAAAGCUACUUUAUAUUUUCAAUAAUAUUUAUUAUUAUCAAUAAAAUAAUUUUUUAUUUUUA